UCUCUCAUCUUCCCUGCAAACGAAGGGAAAGAGAGAGCUCGCAUUCUCUUCUAAUGGUGAGAUCAAAGACGAGGCAUCUCUCAUACAUUGCGGUACCUUCGCAUUUCAUUGACCCACUUUCGUCCUCUUCUUUCCAAGGGAUCUUGUCGCCGAGGAAGGUUUCUAGGCCGCCGCCAGUGUUCUGCCUCUUCUCCGCUACAAGAAACCCUAGAACCCUUAUCGUAGUUCUACUCUUCAUUGUCUCGUUACUUGGGUUUCUCAGUAUAGGCCUCCGCGACAAUCCAUUGCUUCCGUACUCUACCCUUCCCUGUGUCACUUACGGCAAUCGUCGGAGUUUGAACCCCUCUGCCCAGGCAGAAGCGUCGGCGUUGGCGGCGGCGGCGGUGGUGCAGCGGAAGGAAGAGGCUAAGGAGAUGGAAUUUUGGAGUCAGCCGGAUGGUUUGGGGUAUCGACCAUGCUUGGAGUUCAGCGGUGAAUACAGGCGGGAAAGCGAAGCGGUUCACCUGAAUCACCGUCGGAAGUACCUAUUGGUAGUGGUCUCCGGUGGGCUAAACCAACAGCGCAACCAGAUCGUCGAUGCCGUCGUCAUUGCUCGCAUUCUUGAGGCUGCGCUAGUGAUUCCUAUUCUUCAGGUUAAUGCUAUCUGGGGCGACGAUAGUGAAUUUGCUGAUAUCUUUAAUCUGGAUCAUUUCAAGAAAGUGCUCGCAAAGGAUGUUAGGGUCGUCUCCUCUUUGCCUUCGACCCAUUUGAUGACGAGACCAGUGGAGGCGAAGAUAACUCCACUCGAUGUCUCUCCUCAAUGGAUUCGAUCAAGAUAUCUGCGGCGGCUUAACAGAGAGGGUGUUUUGCUCCUAAGGGGAUUGGAUUCCAGGCUUUCAAAGGAUCUCCCUCCUGAUCUACAGAAGCUUCGUUGCAAGGUCGCUUUUCAAGCUUUGAGAUUUGCUACACCUAUUCUUGAUAUAGGAAACAAGCUAACAGAGAGGAUGAGAAGCAAAGGUCCCUAUCUUGCCCUCCAUCUCCGAAUGGAGAAGGAUGUUUGGGUGAGAACUGGCUGUCUUCCUGGUCUGAGUGAUGAUUUUAAUGAGGUUAUUCAUGAGGAGAGAAAGCGCCGGCCGGAGCUUCUCACUGCGAGAUCGAACAUGACCUAUGAGGAACGAAAGUUGGCUGGUCUAUGCCCCUUGAAUGCUUUGGAAGUCACAAGGCUCCUUAAAGCCCUUGAUGCUCCAAAAAAUGCUAGGAUAUACUGGGCGGGUGGAGAGCCGCUUGGUGGGAUGGCUGCCUUGGAGCCUCUUAGGAAAGAAUUCCCAGAUUUAUACAACAAGCAGAAACUAUCCCUUCCUGGUGAAUUGGAGCCAUUCGCCAAAAAGGCCUCUCUUCUUGCAGCGAUUGAUUACAUAGUCUGCGAGAAGAGCAACGUCUUCAUGCCUUCCCAUGGAGGAAAUAUGGCUCAUAUGAUUCGGGGGCAUAGGGCUUUUGCUGGGCACAAGAAGUUCAUAACCCCAAACAAGCGGCAGAUGCUGCCUUACUUGCUGAAUAACUCCCUCUCAGAAACCGAGUUCAAUAGGAUUGUAAAGGAAUUGCACCAUGGAUCUCUCGGGCAGCCUGAAUUCAGGACUGAUAAGAUUGGCAAGGAUGUGACGGCCUACCCAAUUCCUGAGUGUAUGUGCAAUUCUACUUCGACGAGGCUUACACUGUAGUAGUAGUGGCUUUCAAAGUUAAGAUUAUAUUGAUUCUUUGAGGAGAUAUUUUUGCCCUUUAUCUUCUGACAAGAGGCUUUUAUUUCAAAAAUCCUUUUUGAAUGGAGCCCAAAAUUCAAAUUGGGGCAACAUGGAAAGAGAAACACCUGAAAACUCCAUCAAUGUGCCCAAGAAGCACGAGGCCUCCUCUUGCUACUACUGCAUCACACUUGCGGAGCUGCAGUUUUUUAAUUCAUUUGUAUGUAUAAGUUUUUAAUUUACAGUGGUAGUUGCAGAGAAGAUUCUUUUGUAUUCUUCAUAGUGUCUGUAUCAUUAAUUAUGUAUCUACGCAGGCUGUAUAUAAUUAGUUUGGCAAUCGGAUCCUUCCUAUUUGUCUUUCAAAUAUGGUGGUUUAUAUCAUGCAAUCACUUUUUGUUAGGCAGAAAUCUAGAAAAAAAGAAAAGAAAAGCUUGUC